GUAGUGGGGAGUAAGGCCAUCGUCAUUACACAUUUUGUCGGCCAAUAUAUUCCUGGUAUUACGGUACUUCUCCAAUGGAAAAUAUGCAAUGACAGUAUACAACUAUACCACAAAGGAGUAGAGACUAGUCAAGCGAUGUUGUCAGAUUGUCGUCUGUAGUCACAUGUGUACAAAACUAACCGUAUUGCUUUAGGAAGACAUCGAUGUAUUAGUUAUUUAAAUGUAUUACUCGCAAUAGAUAUGACGGAAAUGUUUUCAACUCUGUAUGGGCAAAAUGAUGCUCAGGGACCUCCCCGAUCAUCGUCUCUGGGAUUUGGACCGGGAAAUCCACCACCCCCUCUACCGCCUAACCAAGUCCCGAUGGCGGCCCAGAUGCCACCUCAGCUCGGGGAUGAGGGGCCUGCUCUACGGAAACCGGGAGCCAUGAACGAACCUUUUUAUUUACUGCGAGAACUACCAGUGGGCAAUGAGCUUACGGGCAACACCAACCUCAUCACCCAUUACAACCUGGAACACGCUUACAACAAGUUCUGUGGCAAGAAAGUCAAGGAAAAGCUCAGCAACUUCCUGCCAGAGUUACCAGGUAUGAUAGACUGGCCUGGUACCCAGGAUGGCAGUUCGUUGCGCUCUCUGAUAGAGAAGCCUCCAGUGUGUGGCAACUCCUUCAGCCCUCUGACCGGAGCCAGCCUCACCGGCUUCAGACUGCACACCGGACCGCUACCGGAGCAGUACCGACUGAUGCACAUCCAGCCUCCAAAGAAGAAGAGCAAGCAUAAGCACAAACACAACCGACCACAGGAUCCCAUACCUCAAGAGACACCCUCAGACUCUGACCCCAAGAAGAAGAAGAAGAAAAGAGAUGACGACCCUGACCGCAAGAAGAAAAAGAAAGACAAGAAAAAGAAGAAGGUGCGUGCGGGUACUGGUGUUCUCCCUGGCCAGAAGAGGUAGACCAUUUUAAUUAGCUUCAUUAUUUUCUAGAAAUAUUUGUAUUAUAUUGAAUGUGUAGGCUACCUGUUCAGAGGAAUGCACUUGAUGUUUAUCAUUUUGUGUAUUUCUCAUGUGCUUGCCAUUGAUUGUUGUGUCACUAAUUCCCUAUUAAGUCGCUGUUACUACUUUGUAUGUUUUUUUAAAUAUUUUUUUUACAUCACACUGCUCUUUGUGCCGAGUUGUGGUAGCUAGCCGUGAUCCUGAAUCACUAUUUUCUUGUGCGGUGUUUUGAAAGGAGUAUCAUGACUGUCCUGUGACGAUCUGAAGGAUCAGGUUACAGUGGGUCCGCUCUACAGCGUGCUCUCGCUCUCAUAGAAGGGGAGAGCGGGAAGUCUGCCGUUUUAUGGCGGUCAUAAAAUACGCUGCCCCAAUGCUCUGUAGUGUUGGAGGUUGGAAUGUAAACUGUGAGAACACAGAGACACCCUUGGACAUCAAAAGUAUGAAUAAUUAAACAAUAUUUAUAUUGUUGAGAAUGUGGGAGUGGUCCGUGGACACUUAUGAAGAGUGUGUUUCAUUUGGUGAUCUCAUGAAGGACAGGAAACACACAACGGUUUCCCUUAAAGUGUACUUUUCCCAGCUGUCAGGUUCACAUCUAAA